GCUCGGUGGGGGUCUGGGUGUCGCCGAGUAUAUAACACCGCACAUCACCUGCCUGCGGAGGAGUCUUAGGUAGUCGCUUAUACGCACGCCAGGAGGGCGCUUCUCGCAGAUCUGUAACUGGACACAUUCUUCCCAUUUUAUGAAUCUGGCAGGCUUCUCGUACUUUCCGAGCAUGUGUAACGUGACCACGGAACAGCAGCGCUCCCCGGCAGAGGCAUCGAGUCCGGUGAGCGCCUCUCCAAACCUCAGCCUGCGGGAUUCUCCGAUACAAGGCCGAAGUCGUGAUGCGAUGAUAAUCAAGUCGGAGCCCAGAGGCUGUAGUCCCGUCACGGACGGCGGGGAGUCCAGUCUUGGACAGGUUGAAGAUCAGACGCCCCAGUCGGGGAGCCGGCGCAGGAAGCGGCCAGUCCAGAGGGGGAAACCCCCUUAUAGUUACAUCGCGCUUAUCGCAAUGGCCAUUGCCAAUUCACCGGAAAGAAAGCUCACCCUUGGUGGCAUCUACAAAUUUAUCAUAGAACAGUUUCCCUUCUAUCGGGAGAACUCUAAAAAGUGGCAGAACUCCAUUCGACAUAACCUCACCCUAAACGAUUGCUUCGUUAAGAUCCCCCGAGAGCCUGGGCGUCCCGGUAAGGGAAACUACUGGAGCUUGGACCCAGCGGCUGAGGACAUGUUCGACAACGGUAGCUUUCUACGACGGAGGAAACGCUUCAAGCGCACGGACAUCAGCACCUACCCGGGGUACAUGCAAAACUCGAGUGCCUUUACCCCUACCCCUGUAGGGAGGCCGACUUACAAUAACGCUCUGUACACUGGGAUGAGCCCGGGGUACAACCCACAGAUCCACAGCAGUAACCAUUACCCCGCAGUGCUCCACCACUAUCAGAGUUCGGGGGGCGCCGCUCAGGGGCAGCAUAGGAUGUUCAGCAUCGAUAACCUCAUCAGCCAACAGUCUGUCUUGCAGUCUUCGCCCGCAGCAGAGCUCAGCCACCAGAACUUGGGCCUGAACGGCGAUCUCGGAGCCAGCUGUGCUGUUUCGACGGCUGACCAGGCGGCAUGCUUCCAGGGCCAGUCAGUUAGUCCGUCCGGUGUGCUCAACAGAGUGAGCGGCGCCAACCUGGCACCAUACCCUUACCCCUCCUCGCCACCCCAUCUAGCACCUGUGGCGCAGAGCAGCUACUCGGCAGGUAGCUCUCAAAUGUACAGCUCCUCCAACAGACUCUCCCUGCCACCCAUGAGGUCCACCUCCUGCACGGAGCAUGCCGACUCCCUCCUGGGUCUGUCCGGCGCACAGAUGAACGGACUCGGACAAUACAGCAGCAGCAACACCUACGGGAGGCCGGCGAGCUUUGGCACGGGAUUAGACAGGUACCUAUGAGGGGCAACGAUCUGAGCGAGGGGCUCCAGCUCAACCAUAAAAUCGCGAACAUCUUGGAUUUCCAAGAGACGCUCUCGUCACGUUUCUAACGUUCAAAUAAGGAGCGCAAAGCUCGAGAAGACGCACUUUUCAUUUUUCAAGACAAAUGGUGAUGGAUAAGAGGAGAACUAACAAGAAAAUCUUACCUCUGUACUAAUUCUUUUUUAAGAAAUGUAGCCUUCAUGCGUUCUGUUUAUUUAUUAAUUUUUCCCAGUUUUGUGUAUUUCUGUUAUAUUAGUGAAGAACAUCUAAUAAAUACUUUUUUAC